AUCAGACCUAGCUAGCUAAUUGCUUGAGUCCAUCAAUUCUCUGAACAGUGAGAAAACAACUCGAAUCCCUUGAUUCUCUGAACAGAGGGAGCAAUGGCGGCUUUCGGUAGGAUGCUCUUGUACGUGGCAUGUGUUGUUGUGAUGUUAUCGAAAAUGGCAGCAGCAGCUUCAUCAGCCAAGCCAAACUGCCCGAAUUGGUGUGGAAAUGUUGAGAUCCCUUAUCCAUUUGGCACAACGGAAAAUUGCUACCUUAAUGAUAAUUAUUUUAUCAAUUGUAGCAAUUCCCAACCACUGUGGGAAAAUCAUUUUGUCACCAACAUUUCUAUCCAAGGCGAGCUUGAAAUCUCGAUGUUUAUAGCCCGACAAUGUUUCCGAGAUUCGAGUGGUGUGCCUGUGGUUGACAACAACAAGCACUCUCUCACUUCCCGCACUUUCACAAUUUCCAACACCAAAAACCAGUUCGUCGCUGUCGGCUGUGACACUUACGCCUACCUCAAUGCUUACCGGAACAAUGAAUACUUCAGAAUUGGCUGCAUGUCUAUUUGUCAAAGUCUUAGGAAUGUUGUCAAUGCAUCUUGCUCUGGGAUUGGGUGUUGCCAUGUUGACAUCCCAACAGGAUUGAAGAACUUUACUUUGGAAGUUCAUAGCUAUAACAAUCACACAAAUGUCUCUAAAUUCAACCCAUGCAGCUCUGCUUUUAUGAUUAAACAAGAUUACGAGUCCAAAUUUUCCUCUGCUUAUCUUGAAGAAAUAUUGCUAAAGCCUAAUGAUACUUUUCCAAUGGUUCUUGAUUGGGCAAUCGGUAAUGAAACAUGUGAAACUGGUCGGAGAAAGCCGGAUUACGUUUGUGGACAGAACAGCGCAUGCUAUGAUUCCAAAAAUGGUGAUGGGUACCGUUGCAAGUGCAACAAAGGUUAUGAAGGAAACCCAUACCUCCAUGAAGGUUGCCAAGAUAUUAAUGAGUGCCUGCAAGUUCCAAAACCUUGCCAUGCUAAAGCAAAAUGCAUGAACACUCAUGGGAGUUUCAGUUGUACUUGUCGCGAGGAUUACAAAGGCGAUGGAAAGAUGAAUGGAACAGGUUGCAGUCCUAAAGUCAGCCAUUUCAAGAUCAUCAUUAUUGCACUAAUUGCUAUUAGCAUUGGCCUUAUGGUAUUGUUUGUGGGAGGUUCUUCACUAUAUUGUGGACUAAAAAGAAGAAAACUCUUCAAGCUGAAAGAGAAAUUCUUCCAACAAAAUGGCGGCCUGUUGCUACAACAAAAACUCUCGAAUGAUAGAACUUCCAUGCAGGCGGUCAAAAUCUUUAGCAUAGGAGAACUUGAAAAGGCUACAAAUAAUUAUGAUGAGAGUAGAGUCCUUGGCCAAGGAAGCUAUGGUACUGUCUAUAAAGGAGUCUUACAAGAUAAUAAACUGGUCGCCAUUAAGAAAUCAAAAUUUUGUGAUCAAAACCAAAUUGAACAAUUUAUUAAUGAGGUGAUUGUACUUAGCCAAAUUAACCAUAGAAAUGUGGUUAAGCUAUUAGGUUGUUGUCUAGAAACAGAAGUGCCAUCACUAGUUUAUGAAUUCAUCACAAAUGGGACUCUUUCGAAUCACAUUCAUGAUAAAGUUCUAUCAUCCUCACUCUCAUGGGAAAAGCGCUUGAAGAUAGCAAUAGAUACUGCAGGAGCACUUGCAUACAUGCAUUUCUCAACUUCCAUGCCAAUUAUACAUAGGGAUGUGAAGCCUGCAAAUAUACUUUUAAAUGAUAAUUAUUCAGCAAAGGUGUCUGACUUUGGAGCUUCAAGAUUGGUCCCACUUGAUCAAACACAAUUACUUACUUUGGUACAGGGAACUUUGGGGUAUUUAGACCCAGAAUACUUUCAUAGUAGUCAACUUACCGAAAAAAGUGAUGUCUACAGCUUUGGUGUUGUUGUGGCUGAGUUAUUGACGGGUAGGAAGGCAAUUUCUUUUGAUGGACUUGAAAUUGAUAGAAAUCUAGCUAUGUACUUUAGUUCUGCAGUAAAAGAGGAUCGCUUACGUCAAAUUCUUGUGGACGAUCUUGUAAGUGAUGGUAAUAUUUAUGAGAUAAAUAAAGUUGCUAAUCUUGUAAAACGGUGCUUAAGUGUUAAAGGGGAAGAUAGGCCUACAAUGAAGGACAUGGCAAUGGAGCUAGACGGGUUGAGAAGUAUGGAGAAGCAUCAAUCGGGAAAAGCAUAUCUAUGUACAGAAGAGACUGACUAUUGUGUCACCGCACCUGCAGUACACUAUUUCAACAUUGGUGUCAAUGAUGGUUGUUCUUCUACUUCUACCAGUACAACUGUUGGAUAUAAGAUUAGUAUGAGAACCCAAGUCUCGAAACCAUUGGAUGAUGAUAGAUGAUCGUGCAUUACUCCGGGUCAAUAUAUUUUCAUGUGUUAUAUCUCAAUCUUCAUGCUGCCUUCCUUUUCUUUCUCUCACUAGACUUCAUUAUUUCUAUUGGACUUUUCUUAGAAGUGUUUAAAAUGAUGUCUUGGAGUUAUCUUUCAUUUUAUCUUUUGUUACGUAUUUGUAUAUAUAUUAAUAUGACCCUCCUUUAUGUUAUGUUAUCUUGUCACAUUAUAACUAGCUUGUUUUCUUACCAAGCCAGUAUAUAGCUCGUCGUUUGUUCUUUUUUCCCGUACGUACAUUUUAUUGUCCUGCGCGCAUGGUCUUGCCCGGCCCAUAAAUUAGGUAGAUUUAUCUCCUAAUUACCUAGCUACUUUCUUCUGACCUGGCAUCCAUGCACCAUGUUGGUUAAGUUAAAAGAAUAUUGUUACUAAAAUAUGAAAUUCAUUGCAUGCACGUGGUUCGUGGUCAUAAUUAAUUUUAAAGAGCUGAAAUAAAAUUCGUUUAGGACAUAUAAUUUACACUACUAUAAAGAGCUAUAUAUCCCUAUAUACUAAACGCAUGCAUAUUCAUUCUAUUCU